UAGGAAGCGCUCCAGUGAUGAUGCUGUGAGCAGCAGAAACGCCCUGCCUCCUCUCUCCUCUCCCCAGCAUCCAUCCAUCUCCUCCAGCCGCGGACGAGCCGCUCUGAGCGGCCAGAGAGAAGAAGCACAUCCUGCAGGAACCGAUGGCCUGCUAAACCUCCCUAUAACACACAAGAGAAAUGGAUUCCCUGCCUCCGUCCAUCCUCCUCCUCCUCCUCCUCACCAUCAGCUGCUCCCCUGCUGCUGCUGACAAGCGAUUCGGUUGCCUGUUUGAGAAUGAGCUGUGUUCACCCUACGAGAUCUGUGUGAACGAUGGGAUGUUUGGGAGGUGUCACUCUGUUCCAGUGAGGGAGGUUUACACCUACGACGUCUCCCCAUCUGUAGUGCAACGUUUCCGCAUUUUGCUUGAGAAGCUGUCCAGCAGAGGUUUGACCUGGGAAGAUGACACUACGCAGCAGGUCCUGGCCAAGGAGUUAUCAAAGCUCAGGAGGAUUCCCUACCGGCCGCAGCAGAAAGGACCUAUCUACAAAAGCAAGAGCAGGCCAGCAGCUGAAGCGAUGGACCCUGAAGACCAACGGGUGAAGCCAGUAGAAGUGGAACUUAACAGAAACCUGCAGACGUACCUCCAACGUUUAGGCCUCCUUCCCAAGACGUCCUCCAGCUCCAGCCUGAGCAAACCUUCCAAGCCAGUGCAAAAGCAAGUUCCUCUCUCCAACCAGCUGCUUGCCUCGCAGGCAGAUGGGGACCUUCUCCUGGCAGCCCUGAGGCACUAUCUCUCUGGGCAUCUCUCUCUGCACAGUGGUGGAAUGAAGCAGGAAGCCCCCUCUCCAUGGCUCAGACCAUUAUACAACAAUGGCAUAGAAAAUCCCAGCCUCAAAAAGGAGACCUUUCCUUUCAGACCUGUGAAGACGGGUAGCUCCCCUGUAGCUUCAGCCAAGGAGCCUCUGACAUCUGUGGAUGAGAGAUUCAUCGAGAAGGUCCUAAAGAACGUUGGCAGACAGCAUGUUGAUGUGGAUAACCUGACACCACAAGACCUAAGCCAGCUCUCCAGCCUAAUCGCUGACGCUCUUCUGGUCGUCGACCAGGACCAGGGAUCGAACCGGGCCCUGAGCCGGGAUCGAGGACCUGGACUUAGAGACCUUGAGGGUGAACAGAGUGACUCGAGUCAGGAGGCUUCCAGAGCUAAAGAGGAUGAAACACUUCAGCAGAACAUGCCUACUCUGAACCCUAACCCUCAGGGGAGCACUCCUUUGGCCGUAGAGGCACUUAAAGAGCGCCACACAGAUGCAGAGGAGGCUCAUGCGAAUGAUCCGGCUGAAAGCAGCAGCCUCUUUAACAAACUGCUGGCCUACCUGGAUCAAUCCUCUCUUGCUGAUCCUUCUUUGGGGAGAAGCCGCUAUGAUGUCGCUGCUGAGGUGACUGGAGGCCGGCAGGUGGGCCUCGAAAAUGUCCAAAGCCGCACAAGUGAGGCAGGAGUGGCCUUGCAGAAGAAAGAUACCACCAAGUCUGUGGAGGAGGUGGCGGGGGUGGCAGGCUGGAUCAAGGAGGUUGUGCCUCCUCCAGCUUCUCUGGUGUACGAGGAGCCCCACAAGAAGACGAUGCAUUCUCCAGAGCUGCAGCUGGACGUGAAAACCGACAGAAAGAAGCCAGAUGAUGACAUUUUUGGCUACGUAAUCACAGACACUGACCGGCUGCAGACAGACGAAGGCCUUCAUCUCAUGGAGAUCUUGGCUCGUCGGGCAAAUAUCCGGAUGACUGACUUCGCAGAGCUCUUGGUGGUGGGACCGGCCGUGACCUUCAAAGUCAACCGCAACUCCCAGAACGUCAGCACGGCAGAUGUGGCCAACGUGGCUGUUAAGCAAAAAACAGAUUUGGAGAAAGAAGCCAAGGUCACCAUCCUGGAGGCUGGAGUUGCUGAUGGAAGCCAGAUCAAGCAGAUCCCCACCAAGUACAGCCAGGGAGAGUCCACCAAGUUCCUCAUCCUCACAGUUGUGUCCAUCCUGUGCAUCGUCUGUGUGCUGCUGGCCUCCACUGUGGUCUACUGCCUCCGCCACCGCUCUCAUCACAAGCUCAAGGAGAAGCUUACCAACCUGGGCACAGACAGUGGCAGCGAUGCUACUGCCACCUAUCAGGAACUCUGUCGGCAGCGCAUGUCUGUCAAACCUUCUGUCGAACGUCCUGAGCCGAUGUCCACUAGGAUCAACAGCGUCUCGUCUCAGUUCAGCGAUGGCGGUCCGGCCAUCAGCCCCUCUGGACGUGGCAGCAUCUCCUCAUGGAGCGAAGAGCCCUCCCACUCCAACAUGGACAUCUCUACUGGUCACAUGAUUCUGUCUUAUAUGGAAGAUCAUCUGAAGAAUAAAGAUCGACUGGAGAAGGAGUGGGAGGCAUUGUGCGCAUAUCAGGCUGAGCCCAACGCAACUACUACUGGCCUGAAGAAUGGCAAUUCAAAGAAAAACCGCUCCACUGCUGUGGUGGCAUAUGAUCACUCCAGAAUCACCUUGAAGGUGGAGAACAGCCAAGGCAACUCUGACUACAUCAAUGCCAGCCCGAUUAUGGAUCAUGAUCCCAGGAACCCGGCUUACAUCGCCACUCAAGGUCCCCUGCCCUCCACUGUGGCUGAUUUCUGGCAGAUGGUUUGGGAGAAUGGCUGUGUGGUCAUCGUUAUGCUGACUCCUCUGGUAGAGAACGGUGUGAAGCAGUGUUACCAUUACUGGCCUGAUGAAGGAUCCAACUUAUACCACAUCUACGAGGUAAACCUUGUGUCUGAGCAUAUCUGGUGUGACGACUUCCUGGUUCGGAGCUUCUACCUGAAGAACAUGCAGACCAACGAGACCCGCACCGUCACUCAGUUCCACUUCCUGACCUGGCUCAACAAGAACGUCCCAGAGACCAGCCGGACCCUGCUUGACUUCCGCAGGAAAGUUAAUAAGUGCUACCGGGGUCGAUCAUGUCCCAUCAUAGUCCACUGCAGUGAUGGCGCUGGAAGGACUGGAACCUACAUCCUGAUCGACAUGGUCCUCAACAGGAUGGCUAAAGGUGCCAAGGAGAUUGAUAUUGCAGCCACUCUGGAGCACCUGCGGGACCAGAGGCCAGGAAUGGUCCAAACCAAGGAUCAGUUUGAAUUUGCGUUGACAACUGUUGCUGAAGAGGUGAACGUGAUUCUGAAGGCCCUCCCUCAGUAGGAAGAAGAGGAUCCUCUUCCAUUCCACCUGGAGGAUUGUUCCUAUUGUUGUUUCCUUUUCCUUUCAUUUAUUUCCUGCGUCCAUUUAUUCCCAGUCUCUUUUUUUCACUCUUUUUUUCCCCUUUCUCCAUCCUUUUCAAUUGAUCCACAGUUUGAUCUGUUUCUCUUUUUCAAAUCCUUCUCUUUUCCCCUCACUCUUUACUGACCUUUUUUCUUCUUUUUACCUUUACCCAUCUAUCUUGGUCCAAACCACCCUUGUUUAUUUUCAUUUUUCUAUUUUCCACCCUUAAAAUAUAUUAUCUGUUCCAAUUAGUUGACAUUGUGACAGGAAACUGCUGUUCCACUCUUGUACAUAGCUGGAUCCUCCCUCUGUUAUCCUACAGUUUAUUUUUUACCAAAAUCUUUGUUAGAAUAUCUAUACUAGGUUUGUGUUUGAUCAGUGACCUCAUGGACAUCAAUUGAGUAUAGCAAGGUUUGGUAACAUUUAGCUAAAAUCAAGAUGUUUUGCUUUGAGUCUCUAUUGAUUAAAAGCUUAUUUGUAUAAUGCAUUAUAUAGUCCUGUACAAAAAGAGGUGAUACCAGUGGGAAGGUGGAUGUUAAUUAGAAUGUCUCUUGAUGAUCCGACAUUUUUAUUUGAACCUGAACAUUAAACUGAAUUGAUGCUCCUGAUUGCUCUUUGGGUGUGUGGAAAGGUAAUUGUCAUGUUUUGUUGGGUUUUCAGUGCCAUGCUGUGUUAUAUUUUCUUGCAGUAUCCUAUUGUGUCACUCAGUGGGGUACUUUGGGUACAAAAAGCAACUAGUUUAACCCCCAACUGAAGUUAGUUUUGUUUCACUCGAAAUAUAUUUUAGCAAAGUAAACACGACUAAUGUUAGAAAUGUAAUAAUGAUUUUAUUGUUGUACUUUUAGUGUAUGCAAUAUUGUGUUUCUUCAGCCUGAAUUGAUCUCUUGUGGGAAACUAAUAUUGUGGCUCGUGAAGUUACACCCAUGUCUGCCUUAAUAAAAAUAUUGUAGAACUGCUGUAAAAAGCCACUUAUGUUGCUGAAACUACCUUUAUAUUGACCUUAUUCCAGCUGAUUAAGGGUUAAUUGUGCUUCACGUCAUUGAAAAUAAAUAAAUACUCAGUAAAUGAAGCUGAAACAUACAUUAUUGUGACUGAUAUAAAUAUCAAGGUGAAGCAUAAAACUGGAUUAUGGGCUAUAUAAUGGGUUUCAAACAACCACAUUUGGAAUAAAAUUCUUUAGUUUCGCUUCUCAGAUUCUAUAUGUAGCAUAAAUGGAUGAUUUGUACACAGUAGCAAAAAUCUUUUCCCCCUCGAAAUGCAUUCUAAAAUUGUUUGCUGAUGCUGUAAAUUAAAAGCACAAGAAACUGUUC